AGAUAGAGAGAGAGAGGCACAACGACAGAGAGAGUAAGAGAGACAGAAGCGAGAGGGAGAUUUUUUUUUUUUUACCAAGAGUAACAGCCAGUCUUAAUAAGGAAGUACAUUUGUAUCUGGAUACUGCUGAUGAAACAACUGCAGGCUAAGUUCUACUAUUUCAAGGAUGACCCUGCUGAGUUCUGUAGGGUCCGGUCUGGUGGCCUGUAGUGGGACAAGUGGAGCCUGACCCACAGAGGACAGUUUCUUCACUUGAUCAGAAUGGGUUGUGCGUGCAGUGGGCAGAAACCAGUCAAAGAAAAGGAAGAAAAGGCCAAUUCCAACUUUACCAGUCCUACAGUACAAAGUGGAGUAUCCCAAACAGAAAAUGACGAAGAUGUGGUCAUCGCUCAACAUGACUUCAAAUCAACAAACGACAAUGACCUGGCCUUCAAAAAGGGAGAGAGACUCAAAGUGUUGCAGGAGGAUGGAGAUUGGUGGCUGGCCAAAUCCCUGUUGACCGGAGAUGAGGGCUUCAUACCAUGCACCUUUGUAGCCAAAGCUCAUUCGCUCGAGGUUGAAAGAUGGUUCUUCAAAGAUCUGAGCAGGAGGGAGACGGAGCGCCUGCUUGUGGCUCCAGCAAACAAACCGGGUUCCUUUCUAAUUCGAGAGAGCGAAACCACGAAAGGGGCCCUCUCCUUGUCGAUCCGAGAUCUGGUAGCAGAAGAAGGAGACGUUGUGAAACAUUAUAAGAUCCGCUGUUUGGACAACGGCGGCUACUACAUCUCCCCCUCCAUCACCUUCUCCACCCUGCAGGAACUGGUCAAAUACUACACCCGCACAGCUGACGGUCUGUGCCAGAGGCUCAACGCGCCCUGCAAGGCCAUGCUCCCCCAGCAGCCCUGGGCGCAGGACGAGUGGGAGAUCCCUCGCAGCACCCUCAAGAUGAUGGAGAGACUGGGGGCGGGGCAGUUUGGAGAGGUGUGGAUGGGUUACUACAAGGGCCGGCAGAAGGUGGCCAUCAAGACGCUGAAGGAGGGGACCAUGGAGCCGGCGGCCUUCCUGCAGGAGGCUAACCUCAUGAAGAAGCUGAAGCACGACCGCCUGGUGCACCUGCACGCCGUGGUUACCAUGGAGCCCAUCCUCAUCGUCACCGAGUUCAUGUGCAAUGGGUGUCUCCUGGACUUCUUAAAGACUGAGGAGGGGAGGAAGUUGAAAAUACCCAAACUGAUAGACAUGUCCGGACAGGUGGCUGAAGGCAUGGCCUACAUCGAGGGUAAGAACUACAUCCACAGGGACCUGCGGGCGGCCAACAUCCUGGUCAACGAGAUGCUGCACUGCAAGAUCGCAGACUUCGGCCUGGCCCGGAUCAUAGAGACCGAAUACAAGGCACAGGAAGGAGCCAAGUUCCCCAUCAAGUGGACAGCACCAGAGGCCAUCAAUUAUGGCACCUUCACCAUCAAGUCUGACGUCUGGUCCUUUGGAAUCCUCCUGACGGAAAUCGUCACCUACGGGAGGAUACCCUACCCAGGGAUGACCAACCCGGAGGUGAUCCGCCAACUGGAUCAGUUCUACCGCAUGCCGUGUCCCGAGGGCUGCCCCGAGCAGCUGUACGACCUCAUGAUGGGCUGCUGGAAGGAGAAGCCCGAGGAGAGGCCCACCUUCGAGCACCUCCAGCACACCCUCAACGACUUCUUUAUCGCCACGGAGGGGGCAUACGAGAUGCAGCCCUGAUGAAAAAAACAUCUUCCGCUUUUGUUUUUCUCAGAAAGAGUGAACUUCUUUGUGUGCAGUAACUAAAGCGUUACCGGUACCGCGGCAUUACGGCUGAGAUAAUAACCUUUUUUUUUUUGCUGAUGGGGUUUUUGUGCUCAACCUGUAUGAAACAAAGAAGGAUUUAUGACGGAUAUUCGUGACGUCUGUGAAUCAAUGCAAUACCUGCUAUUCCUGCUGCCCUGUUAAAGGAGAACACAGGCUCAUUUAAGCAGCCUAUUUAAUGACUAAGAAGUGAAAGAAGAAGUGAUAAACAAUCGGGAACUAAUUUUGGUAAUCACUGACACAGUUGGUUACUGUGUGAGAAACGGAGGGACGGAUAAACACAUGGAUGACUUCAUCACAUGAAUGAGAAUUAACAGAAAAAUACUCAUACUUGGCACAGCUGGUGAACCCCAAGGAGUUACACUGAUACAAUUAAAGACAUAGGCCUUCUCGCCACAGCUUGUGAGAAACGGCAACGGCAAACAUAAAAGUCAUUUAAGUAACUGCUAUCAGGAGCAACGCAGGUGCUGUUGGCACUGUGUUCGAUUUAGAGAUAUACAUUCUUUUUGGUACUAAAAGUAAAGGUACAUUGUUCCUGAGCUCCAAUGGGGUACAAAUACAUCAUUAUUUUCUGUUUGUAUAUAACAGCACUGGUAUCUUCUUCAGAAAUAUAAUUAUUUUGAUUGCAAAGAUUUCUCAUUCCAAAGAUAAAGUUUAGUAGGUGCAAUGUUUUAAUUGUAUUUAUUUGAUGUGGAAAUGGAAAUAAAUUAUAGUUUUUGCUUUA